UGUAAAUUAAUUGGAUCCACUAAAACUUUUAUUUUAUAUUUCUUCCAACUUCAACAUCCAGAAAGAUGGCUACAGUGCUCGGUAAGCGCAAGUCGCGCGCGCAGAAAACAGAAUCCUCGUUAUCCCAAGAAGAAGCCCAAGCUAUCUUCCGCCAGCACUUUGAAGCCCAGUUUGCGCCGUUAGACCCGUCACUUGCCGCCUCACAACCAGCACAAACUGACGAACCCGAAGAUCUGCGCUCCGACUCAGACGAUGCCUCUAAGGACUCUUGGGACGGCGUAUCUGACUCCGAGUCGGAAUUAGAAUCCGGGUCAGAGUCCACACCAAACAGCUCAUCGACAGUCGAGGUGGUUGAAGUAGUCACCCAUACGAGCAAGCUCCCUGCGCUCUCCACCGAUCCGCUCUCCAAGCGCGAGAGCAAAGCCUACCUAUCCUCGCGUGUCCCUUCCUCGUCCCUAGACCCAAAUGCUUCUUCUCCCACCCCGGCGAUAAAGCACAAAAACGCCGCGGACGAAGAUGCCCCUUCACUUCUAAAAAACGACCUAGCGCUACAACGUUUGCUAUCCGAAUCGCACCUCCUUUCCGGAUCGGGCCAGAACAACGGCAGCAUAGAACACGCGGGUCGCAACCGCCAUCUAGCCACAGACAUGCGGCUAGCAGCGCUCGGCUCCAAGUCGAGCAUCUUCAAGCAGGCCAAGAUGCCCAUGUCGCACCGGAAAGGCAUCGUAGCUGCUGUGACGACGCGCGAGGCCAAGAGGCGUAAGGAGGCUCGCGAGAACGGCAUCAUCCUCGAGCGGCCUGCGAGUACGGCCGCGAAGGGGAAGCCCAGGGCUAGGAAGUUUGAGAAGGCCGUGGAUGCUCCCGCGGUGGGGAGGCUGAGGAACGGCAUGCUGAAACUGAGCCAGAAGGAUAUUGCCGAGAUCCAAGGAGAUGACAGGAGAUCUGGGGGCAGAAGCGGUGGGAAGAGGAGGCGAAGGUGAAAGAAUGAGUGUCAAAGAUGAGCGACUCGCCCAGAUUCAACGCAUUAUGGGAUUCAAUGCGGAUGCCUUGCGGUGCACCUCAAGCCCACCCACAAGAAACUUCACUAAUCUUCCUACUCCUAUUUCUCUCUACGUCAAUUCAUAUAUAUUUCUCCAUUGCGGCAGGACUACGUUCA